AUGUUCCCCAAAGGCAAAGGCACACCGGUGCCGUCGGACAGUCAAGCACGAGAAAAGUUGGCUCUGUACGUCUAUGAGUAUUUGUUACACAUCGGAGCACAGAAGUCAGCACAGACCUUUUUGUCAGAGAUUCGAUGGGAGAAAAACAUAACACUCGGAGAACCCCCUGGAUUCCUACAUUCCUGGUGGUGUGUAUUCUGGGACUUGUAUUGUGCUGCUCCAGAGAGGAGGGAGACAUGUGACCACUCCAGUGAAGCAAAGGCCUUCCAUGAUUAUAGUGCAGCAGCAGCCCCAAGCCCUGUAAUGGGAGGGAUGCCCCCUGGUGAUGGUAUGCCAGGAGGGCCCAUGCCACCAGGCUUUUUCCAGGGUCCUCCUGGUCCCCAGGGCUCUCCUCACCCCCAGCCUCCUCCCCCUAACAGUAUGAUGGGACCUCACAGUCAGUCCUUUAUGUCACCUCGCUUCGCUGGAGGCCCGAGAGGUCCCCCCAUCAGGAUGGGCAACCAGCCUCCAGGUGGAGGACCAGGUCCUCAUCCUAUGCUGCCCAACAUGGACCCAACUCGACCACAAGGACACCCUAACCUGGGGCCAAUGCAGAGAAUGAGUGGCCCCCGAGGCAUGGGGCCAAUGGGCCCGGGUCCACAGAACUUUGGUGGAGGAAUGAGGCCACCACACAACGCCAUGGGUCCUGGGAUGCCAGUGAACAUGGGGCCAGGCACUGGUCGGCCAUGGCCUAAUCCGAACAAUGCCAACUCUAUGCCUUAUUCAUCACCCUCUCCUGGUGCAUAUGGGGGGGCCUCUGGAGGUGGAGGACCUCCUGGAACUCCCAUCAUGCCUAGCCCUGCAGACUCAAACAACUCUGGUGACAAUUUAUACACCAUGAUCAACACUGGACCUGGCAACCGGAAUAAUUUUCCAAUGGGUCCUGGUUCUGACGGACCCCUGGGAGCCAUGGCAGGGAUGGAACCACACCACAUGAAUGGAUCACUAGGCUCUGGUGAUAUGGACGGAAUGAACAAGAAUUCCCCAAACAAUUUAAGUGGCAUUAGCAAUCCUCCAGGAACCCCGAGGGAUGAUGGAGAGCUGAGCGGAAACUUCCUCCACUCCUUUCAGAGCGAGAACUACUCUCCCACCAUGACGAUGAGUGUGUGACCCCUUUCCUCAAGCCCAUUAUUUGCCAUCAUUCCAAGGAUUUGAGCUCACGAUAAGACACAGCCAAACACAGCAGCAUUGAAUCAGGGACAGGCGCCACUUUGGUUCCACAUGUACGCCAGGUUGCUGAUCCGAGUAGAUUCAAAAAUGGCUGGCGACUACUGCUCCUUGCUCAAAAAUGAAGGACAAUUUCUCCAUUGAUCACAAUCCCCUAUUGUGACGAAACCAGCUACUGAAAUGCAUACAUGACACGUUUUAUGUUUUCCCUCGUAGCCCCCCCUCGCUUCCCUCUUAGUCCCCUCGUCCACAACGUGACGGGGGAGGAAAAGUGGUCGAAAGUUUACCUCUUGUACUUUUUAAUUAUUGCGUUGUGGUGCAAGAUGUGCAGGAAAUGUCUCGGCUUUUGUCACUUAAAAACACUGGAGAGUGUGCAUAUGCAUUGUGUGCUUGGAAAGUCUUUGUCUCGUCAUUUUACUCAUCUCGAUGCGAAAAACUCCUGCGUCACCAAAGUCACAGUCAAAAGUAGGAAAACUCAAAAAACUUGCCUUUUUUUUUUUCACGGCAACAUUUCGUCAUUGAUGUAUUAUUAUUCCCAGCAGUCAUUCUUCCAUUUUUUUUCAAAAGAGGGGGGAAAAAAAGAUGUGAAAGAAAACGACUUUUUGUCGCCGCGCUGACCCUCCUCAGUAUGAACGUGCUCAGAUUGUCCCCUGCGGUGUCAAACCGGUCUCAUUUGGUCCGGUUUGAGUCUCUAACUGUUGACACCGAUGCCCGCUCUGCUCUCUCUCUCUCUCUCUCUGCCGCUGUUGGAAGGCAACAGCGGGAGGGUGGUGGUGGGAGGAGUGGCGGGCAGCGGCGCCUUGGCGUUCUGUCAGGAGGAAGGAGGCUUUGGCAUGAGACGUGAGUGCAUGAAUGCUGAGAAUCUGUGUACAACAUACUACCUAGUGCUGCUCUUUCUCUGUGUGGACACCUGCUUUAAGAUGUGGUGUAUAUCUCUUUACCUGC